UGUUUUUAUUCCUAGCACUUAGAACUUACUUAGAGCAUGCAGUGUUUAAUAUUUUUUUUUUAUUCAUUACUUACACAUGAUGUUUCAUCUCCCAGCAUUAAGCCUUUGAUACCCAGAAUGUAUUCCUCCAUCCCCUUUGCUUCUUAGAAUUUUUAGAUUCUUUUAAAAAUUAGUUCUAUAUUAAGCCUUUCUAUAUGUUUCCACUCCCUAGCUGCUAGUGAUCUCUCUCAAAACCAUCUUUUACUUUAUUUUAUACAUAACCAAUACAUGUGCAUUUUUUCCAUUACACAACUCAGUAGAUUGUGAACAUCUAGAGAGUAAAUAUUUUUGUCUUUCUAUUUUAAGUCCGUACUAUAGCAACUGGCAAGUUAAGUGCUUAAUAAAUGCUGAUUGAUGGUGGCAGAAGUUAAGAAUAGAUACUGGUUAUCUGAUAGUAGAAUACACUACAAAUAGGAGCAAAAAUGGAAGAAGCAGCAGCUUAGGAAGACAGUUCUGCAUGUUGUAUGAUAGGGAAGAUUUUGGGAGAUUUAAGACUGAAUACAGGAUCCACCACAGACUAAUUGACCUGAAAUGAAAAAGCAUGUCAUUUAAUGUCUCCUUCAGUUUUUGUUUUUAUUUUUAUUUUGUAAAAGGAUGGGGAAACUGCUUCUUCUAUCUAACUCACAAGAUUUGGAGGAAUUUUAUAAAUUAUAAACCCCUGAAAUUUCUGAUUUUUAAGAAUAAAACAAAAAUCCACUUUUGAUAACAUGCCUUUUUUUUUUUUUGCCCCAGAACUUUUAUUUAUUAGACUAAAGACUAGACUUUUAGUUAUAUAGAUUAGAAAUUAGACUUUGUUUUAACUAAUUCCAAAUUAACUUCUGUGGUUCGUAUAAAAAUACUAUCAAGUUUUAGUCUCUGCUAUGAUAAACAAAGUGUAUUUCUCUCCAGGAACACACUUUUUCUGUCUGAGUCUUAGUGUACUCAUCUGCAACAAGAAUGGCUUUAACUACAUGAUUAGGGAAUGGCCUUGAAUCCAGAAACAGUUGGAUACAAACAAGUCUUUUAACUGAUACAUAUUAGUUGAAUCACAGUGGAUAGUAGUAGCUAGUAGAGUACUUAAGUAGUAUAAAUACCAGCAGUUAUUAUGGACAAAUUGUUUAAUCUCUCAUUGCCCAACGAAUAUUUAAUCUAAACCACAGAACAAGUCAUGUAUCACAGGAAGUGUAUAUGUCUACAUUGUUCUCAUUAUAAGACUUCCCUUUUAAAAUAGGAUCUUUAAAAUGGGAUCUCCUAAAAAAAGAGAGAAUCUUCUUUUACGAAUCUGCAAGUGCAUAUACAUACAAAUUAAAUAUAUUUUUCUAAUCAUGCAUCCAUAUUCAUUUGUUGAGUUGCACUGGGAAAAAAAAAGUACAAUGCACUCAGACUUUCUGCAAUCCAAGUUUACGGGAAAACGUGUAGAAGAGAGAAUCUAUACUGACAGCAUUAAAAAAAAAGUGAGUUAUCAUUAUCACAAGGGGAUGGAGAUAGAAUGGUUACUCCAAUAGAAGUAAUCAUUUUUAAAGGAUCCAUUCGCAUUCUCCAUUGCCUUGCCUGAUAAGGGUCGAACUCUUAAGGAUGAGUGACUCAGGUUACGACCUACUAUGGAGGUCACUAAAAUCCAAGACAGAGACUGCGCAGAGGCUGCACUGCUCUCUCAGUCCCUUCCUCUUUAACAUUGGCGAAAACUUCAACACCGCCACCACAACUUCCCUCACUCCAGGCUUUUCGGGAAACAAGGAUAAAGCACAAACGUCAGAGGUUAAAUUUCAUUUCCUCUUCUGUCUCCGCCCCACGCCUCCCACGCGUGGGUGGGAAGGGAGCGGGAACUCCAUUUCCCGGAAGCCUUUACGCGAGUCCGCUGCUUCUAACUCCCAGCAUGCAGCAGCUUCAGCCCUUCAUGGGACUCUGGUUGUCUCCCGACUCUCCUUUGAGAGGUCGCUGGUAGGUGGAACAGCACUUCUGCUCUAUUAAUCAGCUCAUCUGCAUUCUCGACCUUGCCUUUUCCACCGUUUCGUGACUCGAGUUCCUGGCUCAAAGAGCAGCUCCGAGCGGGGAGACCAGACAUCCGAAGUGGAAACGAGGCACCGGGAGUGACGCCACAGCCAGCUAAGACUUCACUAUCUUCCAAAAAACACGCGUCACCACCGCCAUUUCCGGGGGACAGCAGCCUCAACCAAUAGAUGGAGAGGGUUCUUCCGCGCGGGCGCGAAACGAGACCAAUCACAGGCGAGAAGCGGUGGGUUUUUCCCAUUUAGUUCUAUUUCCUGGUCUCUUCUGGAAUACCUGAUUCCCCGACCCUUGAGGGUUUUGUAUGACAUAAUCGUCUGGUAGAAGUCCAGAUCCUGGUUGAAAGGGCCUCCCUUCAGACAAGAGAUUUAAUAUAUAGCUGAAACUGGAAAAUCUGAGACUGACAAUGGCUGCAGAAGCGGUCCUAACUCCCCCAAAGCAAACUGGAUCCCUCAUACUGAAACUGGUGCCAGGCCCUAAAAUGGGUCAGGAUGCUCUACAAGAAUCUGCUGUACCUCCCAAGACCAUCCACCAAUUGGUACUGGAGCACUUCUUUACUUUUCUGCCAGAGAAGAAUCAAUCACAAAAUCAUAAGACUGGCAAGGAAGACACCAUAAUUUUAGUGAAAGAUGUUACUUCAACUUUGCAGAAUAGAGCUCAUCCUGCUUCCUGGGUGACUAUUUUUCCCAAGGAUAGGCGUGUCCAUAAACGGGAAGUACCACAGACCUUUCCAUCUGAACUUCAGGAGCCUGUGGUAUUUGAGGAUCUAAAUGUAUAUCACUCCCAAGAGGAGUAUGUGGGCCUGGAUCUUUCUCAGAGGUCCCCCUUCUCUAGGAAUCAUGGAGAGGAGGAUGUUGGUGACAUGGUGUUAGAAGUAGAUUGCAAUGAGAAUAAGGAAGAUGAUCAUCAGCCAGAAAAUCCAGAGGAUAUAGAGCAUCAUGAAAUGUCAUCAAGUUACUGUGAAAGGGAUGGCUCCCCGAUUUUUAAGCAGGCAAAAGGCUAUGAGAAACAUCCAGGUAACCAUGAAGGAAAAAGACUAAAUACUUCGAUCCCACAAGAAAAGAGAUUACGAAGUCUUUUAAUUACUGUUGAAAAUGAUGCCCCAUUAGAAGACCUUUCAAAAUAUGUGGACAUGAGCAUUCUUGCACUUUCUCAAAAUCGGAGAACACGAAGAUUCUAUACAUGUCCCCAGUGUGGAAAACACUUUACUGAAAGUUCUUACCUUAUUUCUCAUCAGAGAACACAUACUGGAGAAAAACCUUAUGAUUGUAUCCACUGUGGGAAAAGCUUCAAUCAUAAAACAAAUCUUAAUAAACAUGAACGAAUCCAUACUGGAGAAAAACCUUAUACAUGCUCUCAGUGUGGAAAAAACUUUCGUCAGAACUCUCACCGGAGUCGCCAUGAAGUAAUUCAUGUAAAAGAAAAACUCCUUAAAUGUCAAGAAUGUGGGAAAAGCUUCUUAGGAGAUGAAGAAUUCUUGCUUCAUCAAGAGACUCAUGAAGAAGAGAGACCCUAUAGAUGUAGUAGAUGUGGAAGAAGAUUCAGUCGACAAUCAAAUUGUACCAGACAUGAAAAGGCCCAUUUCAUACCUAAACCACAAAAGCAAGUGUUAUCGAGUUAAUCAGACCUUGUUUACCUUGACAUGAUUCUCCCUGUGGUGACCCUCUAAAUGCUAAGAAUGUAAGAAAAAUUAUUUGAAAUUCUGAACUCACAUAGUGAAACUUUAAUAGUCCAAAUGAGAUAAAUAUCCAACCAUCACAGCUCAGGCAUUAUUUACUCUUUGAAGAAUGUAUAAAGAAAAAAAAAACUUAUAUGAAUGGGCCAAGCCUUUGUAGUUCAGACAAAGGACUAAGGAUAAUUUCCAUGUAAAACAAUGCAAAGAGAACUGUAAAGUCUCCAAAUCUUUCUUUCAAAGAAAACCUUCCUCUGUAUUUUUCUUUCUAUCUACAGGUUUCUCUUAGGAGUGACCAGAGUGAAGGCUUAGUAGGAAUUCAUUACUAAUGUAGUUUAUCCUGCUUUCCUCUACAUGAAAAUCGGCAUUAAAAUAUGGCAAUAUAAAAAUGAAUCAAGUGUAACUGACAUGUACUAUAUACUUGUCUUGGAUAUAGUGAACCAAUAACUCUUAUUAGGUCUAUUAAAUAAGUAAGUGACUAAAAGCUUGAAAUUCUAAAAAGAAAAUUUCAGUUUAGACAAGGAACUACUAUGGAUUAAUAUAAAGGGUCUACAAAGUGGAUCACUCCCAUUUGGAUUACACCUAAGUGCAGUUUCUGGUCAUGUAUAGCUUUUACCAUUUCAGUACAAUAUUUGUAUUCUGUGACUUAUUUUGAAUAUUCAUGUUUUAUCAGAAAGAUGCCAUUUUUUCCUCUUAUGUGAUUAAAAAAGUUUUCUGCAUUCUUAUUUUUGUCUGAAACAGGUCUUUACUUUUCCCAUCAGCACUCAUUUCAGUAUUUCAUUGAAGUUGAGCUGAUAAUGAUACACAGAAAUCCAUUAUAUAAAAUGAAGUUCACAUGUAAUAAGAAAACAACUUGGAAUACUGAUGGUUGUUCUUUAGUGUUAUUUUUGUAUGAGAAGUUGUGAGAAUAUACAAUUUAAUUCAAUAAAUAUUAUUUACUAUAUACAAGAUACACUCCUAGGUACUGGGGAUAUAAAAGCAAAAACAAAACAAGACAAUCUUUGCCUUCAAAGAACUUUUAUUCUUUUGGAAAUUCAGGGUGUACAUAAAUCUGUGAAAAAAGAAACAAAAAAAAACAAAA